CUCACAGCAAACACGCGCAAACAAGGGCUCUUUGGACAGUAAGUUGUGGUAUCUGCUCUUCGGUCCUCGAUACAUCUCAGAUCGCUCUGACAGCUGGAGGAAAGGCAAGUACGCGAUCUACGGUCUUCAGAAACCGGCCAUCAAGGCCCAAGAGCUUUUGUCGCGUCGGACAGAGGUCUCAGAAUGCCUCACGCUUUUUCCAUGCCAGCACCUGGCUUCCAGGCUGUUAUCCUUUGUGGACCUGGAUCUUCCUUUCCAACAUUCACAGCAAAUCCAGAUGAGAAUCCAAAAGCUCUCAUCCCGAUUGCGAAUCGACCCAUGGUGUGGUAUCCGAUCGACUUCUGUUAUCGCAUGGGCGUCACAAACAUCACUCUCAUAGCCCCUCCGUCUUCGGCCCCAGCCAUCACUGCUGCUCUGAACACAAAUCCACAUCUUACAGGAUUGCCUUUACCAAAGCCGGAUCUCUUGGCACCGAGAGCCCUGGACCAGAAUACCGGGACAGCUGAGAUCUUCCGUUUACCUGAAGUCCGCGAGCUGAUCCAAGGCGACUUUAUUGUGCUACCAUGUGAUCUUGUAUGCGAACUUGGUGGAGAGACUUUGUUGGAAUCAUGGAUGGUCAAGGAUGCAGGUUUAGGCGGUGCGACUGGAGGCAGUAAAAAGGUCACAGGCCCAAAGAUGGCCAUUGGGGGCGAGAAAGGUGGACGACGAGGUGGAAUUGGUGUAUGGUACGAGACGAAAGGAGAUUUCAGCAUCAAGGGAGAGGAAACCGACUUCAUCGCCACAUCCCCACUCGAACCCAGUCCCGUGGUUCCCCCGAAAUCGUCCUUACUCAGUCACGUGUCUAAAUUGGUCUAUUCAGUUCCGACGGAUACUUUGAACGACAUUACAGAAGAAAAGAAGAGCAUGCCAAUCAGACAUAGCUUAAUUCGAGCUCAUUCUCGAGUUCGGAUGCUAAGUUCUCAUCGCGAUGCACAUAUCUACAUAUUUCCGGCCUGGGUAAUAGACAUGAUCAAUAGCAAUGAGCACAUGGAUAGUAUUGGUGAGGAUGUGGUUGGCUGGUGGGCUAAAGCAGGAUGGCAGGUUGGACUUGGCGAAAAGUUACAUCUUCGAGAGAUAUUUACCACUCCAGAGCCAGACGAGUCAGACGAUGAUGACGACCUUGUGAACAAGCCAGCUCAGAUCGAUGUCGACUAUGGAACCUUGAGUACGACCUGGACGACAGAUCUUGUCCUGGAAUCCGAUUCAGACGAAGAGUCGGAAGAUGAAGAUGAAUCAAAACCAGUAACUCCAGAAGAAGUGCCAGAACUGGUAGUCCCACCUAUUCUGGCCUACGUGCAUCCGAAAGGUGGCAAGCUCGUACGACGUGUUGAUACCGCUCCGCUACUUCUCAAUAUAUCACUGCAGCUGGCCAAGCUGGAGUCGAUAGAUGCGGUGGGCAAGGAAGCAUCAUCGCCCUUCGCUCACCAGAAUAAGGUUGCACACCCUGAAGGCAUAGCUUCCAAGACUACAGUCACUCGCCCAGAUUGUCUAUUGGCAGAAAACGUGACAGUGGAAGAGAAAUCGAUAAUCAAGGAGACGGUUAUCGGCGCAAACUGCCAUAUCAAGACAGGCGCAAAACUCACCAGAUGCGUGCUGAUGGAUGGAGUCGUAGUCGGCAAGAACUGCAGGCUUACCGGUUGUAUACUUGGUCGCCGAUGUGAGAUUGGAGACGAUUCUACACUGCAAGACUGCGAAGUGCAAGAGAAUCUACUUGUGGAGCCUACUACCGAAGACAAGAAUAACAAGCUCAUGUCCUCCGAAGGCAUGGAGGCAACAGAAGCAGAGAUCCAAGAACUUGUGGACGACGAGGAGGCGAUGAUUGACGACGGAGAUGCGAAUACAGGCAUUGCUUUCGACUAGGACACAUAGCUGCCGAAAGAAAAUUCGUAUGAUCUUCCUCGGGCUCUACCCAGAGAUAACCGCGAAAAGAACAUAUUCGGAAGUACCUCCUUUCGCAUGUGACAUUCACGAUGGAACGAAUGAGAAUUCCAAUGCAUUGAUGGAUUAAUGCAUGAGUAUGAAUGCACAAGAAUGCGUCUACAAAUCCGAGGUUCGGCACCUCCCUAUACCAGAAUCCCCAAAUUCUGAUAUUUUUUGAUGGCCGUCUCGUGUAUUUAGCAGAGCACAGAGCACAAUGCGAGCAAAAUCUGCCACCAGAAACUAAUGACCGAGUUUUGACCCAUGCUUCUCAACGUGUUCGUUCCUCCAUAGAACCUGCCUAUCUCGC